CAUCUCUCCCUCAGAGCUGGGAGCAGGAGAGCACUAAGGGCCCCAGAACUCAGCUCUCUGUUUGGCUGGGUUACACCUAGGGUGAAGGGGCCUACCUUUCAGGCAGGAAAAGGAAAGUUUUUUACAUGCAAAGCUCAGGAAAACGAAACCCAAGCCACAGGCAGCUGCCCCAGACUCACUUCACUUCGCGGGUUUUUCUCCUGCGCUUGAAUAGAGUGUGGCACCUGCACUUUUUGCAGGGAGAUUUGGAAAGCAGAGCCACUGCGGGUUCCAGAUUUGCUACUUAACAAAGGCUUGCAAAUGGAGGCUUCUCGCCCAGGAACUUAUUUGCCAGCUGAGUAUGCCCCUCGGGAUCCUUCAGCAGCAUUCCAAGGACCUCCAAAGCAUACUGGACACCCUACAUUCCAGACUGACUACCAAGGUCCCCAGUCUGGUUACCCAGGGCCUCAGGCUGGCUAUACAAGGUCUCCUAUUCCUAUGCAAAAUAACCAGACUAUCGUCAUUGUUAAUAGCCAAUGGAUGCCAGCACCGCCACCUCUUCGGAACUGCCCACCUGGGCUAGAAUACUUAAGUCAGAUAGACCAGAUUCUGAUUCAUCAGCAAACCGAACUUCUGGAAGUCGUAACAGGCUUUGAAACAAAUAAUAAAUUUGAAAUCAAGAACAGCCUUGGGCAGAUGGUUUACUUAGCUGUGGAAGAUACUGACUGCUGCACUCGAAACUGCUGUGAAGCAUCUAGACCUUUCACCUUGAGGAUCCUGGAUAAUCUUGGCCGAGAAAUCAUGACUCUGGAGAGACCCCUGAGAUGCAGUAGCUGUUUCUUUCCCUGCUGCCUCCAGGAGAUAGAAAUCCAGGCUCCUCCUGGUGUGCCGGUAGGGUAUGUGACUCAGACCUGGCAUCCUUGUCUGCCAAAAUUCACUCUUCAAAAUGAGAAGAAGCAGGAUGUUCUGAAAGUUGUUGGUCCAUGUGUUCCAUGCACCUGCUGUACAGACAUUGACUUUAAGAUCAAGUCUCUUGAUGAGCAAUCUGGAAUUGGCAAGAUCACCAAGCAGUGGUCUGGGUGUGUGAAAGAGGCUUUCACAGAUGCAGAUAACUUUGGAAUUCAGUUCCCGCUAGACCUUGAUGUGAAGAUGAAGGCUGUGAUACUUGGAGCAUGUUUCCUCAUAGACUACAUGUUUUUUGAAGGCUGUGAGUAGGAACAAACAUUUGCACUGUUGUGGGUGCGAAUGAAGAAGACAGAGAUUUGACUUCUGCACAAUGAGAACACGGACAUGGGAAACUGGCAGCUUUAUUUUUCUAUGGUGAAAUUUCUCAGAAUUAAGCUAUAAUACAUGAGGCAUAAUGCAUACACUUUUGCUUUCCAAAUCAUAUUUUACCUUCUACACAAUUGGAAUAGACUUGGGUAUAUGUCUUUAUAAACAUCUAAAAUAUUCUCUGCAUUCAAGAUAAAAAUGAAAAUGUAUAUUUAGAAAUAAAACAUUUUAUGGAAAAUUAA